AUGCAAACGGGGGUGUUACAUGCAAAUGAUGCCUCUUCUCCUGCUACUUAUGUCUCGGCUCAUGGUAAUGUUGAAUGUGAAGGUACUAGGCUUGGUGAGUCUACAGCUGCUGUGGAACAUGGAAGCGAACAAGUUGUUGAACCUGAAAUUGAACCUGCAGCUGAAGCCCCUGUUGAGCAUGUUAGUGAACAGGUUGUUGAACCUGAAGUUGAACCUGCAGCUGAUGUCCUUGUUGAGCAUGGUAGUGAACAGGUUGUAGAACCUGAAAGUGAGCCAGCUGUUGAGCCUGAGAGUGAACAGCUUCUGAAACCUGCAGCUGCCUCUACACAGCAAAAAGAAGCCUCUCUAAAGGAUCAACAAGAGAGUGCUCCAUCUCAACUCUCUGCAGCUGCUGCACCUCCAGCCAAGAAAGGUAAAAAAAGAUCUAAGUCUACAGUAUCUAAUCAAUACCAGUCUCUGGCUGCUGCCCUUCAAACCCCAUAUGAUGAGGAUGAGCCGCAGAAGCAUGAGCAUUUGGCUAACCAAGGUUCUCAGCCACCUGCUGCUAAACCUUCCAAGAAGAAGAUGGUGCCUUCCAAAGCUACUCAAAGGAGCAAAAGACUAAAUGAUUAG